CCAUCGCUCGCCUCCGUCUGUAAUCUGUACAACAUGCUGCUAAUCAUUUUUCUCGGUUCAAAGCCUUGACGGGUGCGGUCGCCACUCGCGCGCCCUGGAAAAUCCAGCCAUGUCACACUACACAUGCAGAUUGCAGAUGCAAUGCACGAGCACGAUCAGGGGCAGCCUAUAAAACCAUAGAAAUCCAUUUGAUUUCCAAGUGAGGCAGCGGAGCAAGAGCCAACAGGGGAGUGAGUUAGACAAAUUAACGCGCCACAAGCCCUUGUUUCGCUGCAGAUGGCGUCGUCCCGCACCACCUGCUUGCUGCUCGUUGCGGCGCUCGCACUGGCGACCUCCCUUGCCGGUGACGAGGCGGCGAGGAUCCCGCCCUUGGCCAAUGGCCUCUCCUUCGAAUUCUACAGGGCCAGCUGCCCGCAGGCGGAGUCCAUCGUUUUCGGCUUCCUCCAGGACGCCGUCCGCAAGGACAUCGGCCUCGCCGCCGCGCUACUCCGCCUCCACUUCCACGACUGCUUCGUACAGGGUUGCGACGCUUCCAUCCUGCUGGACAAGCUGCCCAACGAGCAGAGCGAGCAGGAGGCUAUCCCCAACCUGACGCUCCGCCCGGCGGCGUUCAAGGCCAUCAACGACAUCCGCGACCGCCUCGAGAAAGCCUGCGGCCUCGUCGUCUCCUGCGCCGACAUCGUCGCCCUCGCCGCCCGUGACUCCGUCCACCUGGCCGGAGGGCCGAGGUACGACGUCCCACUCGGCCGUCGUGACAGCGCGACGUUCGCGUCGCAGCAGGUCGUGCUUGACGCGCUCCCGGCGCCAAGCUCCAACGUCACAGAGCUCCUGCGAGCACUGUCCAAGAUCAACCUCGACACCGACGACCUCGUGGCGCUCUCCGGCGCGCACACCCUGGGCAUCGCGCACUGCGGCUCCUUCGAGGACCGCCUCUUCCCGACGCAGGACCCCACCAUGAACAAGUGGUUCGCCGGCCACCUGAAGCUCACCUGCCCCGUAAAGGGCACCGACAACACCACCGUGAACGACAUCCGGACGCCCAACGUGUUCGACAACAAGUACUACGUGGACCUGCUGAACCGGCAGGGGCUCUUCACCUCCGACCAGGGCCUCCACACCGACGGCAGGACCAGGCCCAUCGUGACCAAGUUCGCCGUGGACCAGUCGGCCUUCUUCCAGCAGUUCAUCUUCUCCGUGGUGAAGAUGGGGCAGAUCCAGGUGCUGACGGGGACGCAGGGGCGGAUCCGCAGGAACUGCUCGGUGCGCAACGCCGACACCAGCCACGAGCUGCCGUGGUCCGUCGUGGAGACCGUCGUUGAUACCGCGGAGAGCAUGGUGUUGUAAUAUAAUUGUGUUUGUGUCUCUCUCUCCAAAAUGCAGGCUUGCGUGGCCUUCUUCUAGCUAGCUAGGCAACUAAUGGCUUGGAAGUCAGAGUUCAUGUUUGGUUUAAGCUUGAGUAAUUUUCAGUUUCUCAGUGUA